AUGGCGGUGUCCACUGGAAACCAGAGAAGGAAAACAAAGGGGAGGGAGUAUGAUACGCCCCCACCCUUACCAUGUACUGCUAAGGAGCUGGAUGCGUUACUUGACAAAUGGAUAGUAGACGGGAUCUUUAAAUCCAACCAGGUUUCUAGAGAGCCUAUGGAAGAAGAAAGGAGGGAUCCUCGCUUUUGCCACUUGCACAACUAUGUACAACAUCCCACCACAGAAUGCUGGGCGCUCCGCAGGCUGGUGCACCGUAGGAUCAAAGAAGGCACAUUAGAGCUGACCCAGCAGGAAGUCCAAAGAAACCCACUCCCAAACCACAAAGGAAAGGGUGUAGCAGUAGUGGUGAUAUGUGCAGACCCGGGAGAAGACGAGGAAGAAAACUUGGCCCCGCCUGCCGCGGCGAUUACCACUCUUCAGCAGAGUGCCAAGUUCAAAAAUCUAUUUGACCAGUUAGGACUCACAGCAAAAGAAAGAAAAAUAGCCACGGAGGCUUUGGUAAGCAUCGCCUCCGGGGCAGAGGUGGAAUGCCUGUCAACAGAAAUGCCAGAAGACGGGGCCCUCCUGCAGGAAUCAACAGAAAUCAAGUUUAGCAGUGAGGAUAUGGAAGUGGGGCACCCAGACCAUAGGAGGCCUCUCUAUUUAGCAGCAUCUAUAAAUCAAAUCCCCAUUAAAAGGGCCCUGGUGGAUACGGGUGCUUCCGUAAACCUCAUUCCGUUGAGCACCUUGCAAGCGGCAGGAAUUUCAAAGAAAAAGAUCCAAGGAUGCCCGAUGGAAGUAACGGGGUUCGGUGGAAGAGGUGAGUACACCGCAGGCCACAUUCAGUUAUGGUUGAAAGUAGGCCCUAUAGCCUCUUUAGCUUGCUUCCACGUGGUCAGAACGGAAGUAUCUUAUCAUGUGCUUUUGGGAAGACCCUGCUUACACAAACAUCGACUAGUCCCGUCCACCUACCACCAAUGUGUGAAGGGAAGAUUGAAUGGCAGGAUGGUACGCAUUGCGGCGAACCCCUCGCCGUUCGAGCAGGCAGAAGCCCACUUGGUGGAAACCAUGUUUUAUGACCAAUGGGCUCCAUCUGGAGAAAAUUCGGUUGCAAAGCCACGAGGCACCUUUGUGCCUAGGUGGGAGGAUGUUCAAGAUGACCCAGAACCUGAUUUAAGAGAGCUACUGGCGUGA